CACUAGCAAACAUCUCAUCUUUAAAUCGUGUAAAUUAACUUCUGAUAGAUAUCCUUUCCUUUUGCCUGAUGUUACUUAAGUUCACAGUUUCCUGUACCAUUUCGAGAUUCAUUUGUUGAUGAGGAAAUCCGCUGGUAACUUUACAUUACAUUCUCCGUGGUGGAUUGGACUUCUGGCUUUUUGUGUAAAUGACUAUCGUCAAAUUGUUAAACCUCCAACCAUGAGAGCUUUCUUGGUUCGCUAUUAUGUUCUCUGAGGAUUUACUAUUCUGCGAUUUUUUCCACUUUCCUACUGAGCAACGCCACAAGCUUUUAACACCCGCAAUCCAUGAUUGAUUUUGGGGCGAAAUUUAGCAUCAUGCGCUAAUUUUUCUCGAUUUUCCUUUUACUGCCAAUUCGUUUUUGGCUUCUCAUAUUUUGCACUUAGAUACGCAUUUUCCGCCUCCAACAUCUCUAGUUUUUUGACAUUUUAUGAAUAGUUUUGCAGUGGGCACUCCUUUCCCUUGAAGAUGGCUUUAGACGAGGUAAACUUCGACUAGUAACCUUGUCGUAGGUAAAAAUAAAUAAUGGCUCGCAAUGAUUUGUUGGUCGUCGGAGUUCUAAUCGCCUGUUGUAUCGCCGGAGGAUCGCCCACAUUCGCCGAUGACAAUCCGAUCAGACAAGUCGUUGACGGCCUGCAUGACCUCGAAACUUCCAUUCUCCAAAUCGUCGGAAAUUCCCGCCGCGCACUCUCCUUUGCGCGAUUUGCUCAUAGGUACGGGAAGAGGUACGAGGACGCUGACGAAAUGCAGAAGAGGUUCGAGAUAUUCUCAGAGAAUUUGAGGAUUAUUAGAUCACACAACAAGAAGGGACUUCCUUACAUUCUCGCUGUAAAUGAAUUUGCUGAUUUAACUUGGGAUGAAUUCCGUAAGCAUAAAUUGGGAGCUGCUCAGAACUGCUCUGCUACCUCAAGGGACAAUCACAAGCUCACUGAUGUUGUCCUUCCAGAAACGAAAGACUGGAGAGAAACCGGAAUAGUUAGCCCAGUCAAAAACCAAGGUCAUUGCGGAUCUUGCUGGACAUUCAGCACUACUGGAGCCCUAGAGGCAGCUUAUGCUCAGGCAUUCGGGAAGGGUAUUUCUCUGUCCGAACAGCAACUUGUGGACUGUGCUAGAGCAUUUAAUAACUUUGGUUGCAAUGGUGGCCUGCCAUCUCAAGCUUUUGAGUACAUUAAGUUCAAUGGUGGACUUGACACUGAGGAUACAUAUCCAUAUACUGGAAAGGACGGGGUGUGCAAAUACUCAUCUGAAAAUGUUGGUGUCAAGGUCCUAGACUCUGUUAAUAUAACCCUGGGUGCUGAAGAUGAACUGAAACAUGCAGUAGGAAUUGUUCGGCCAGUAAGCGUGGCAUUUGAGGUGGUAACUGGCUUUCGAUUUUACAAAGAGGGCGUUUACACCAGCACCAGCUGUGGCAGCAAUCCAAUGGAUGUGAAUCAUGCUGUUCUUGCCAUUGGUUAUGGAGUUGAAAACGGUAUUCCAUAUUGGCUGAUUAAGAACUCAUGGGGCGCUGACUGGGGUGACGAUGGCUACUUUAAAAUGGAGAUGGGAAAGAACAUGUGCGGUGUUGCAACUUGUGCAUCAUACCCCAUAGUUGCUUAAGUGUUCUCGAAGGAAUUGUGGAUUCUCUGAAGUUUUGUGUGCCAUCUUCCUCCAGUUUAAUCGUCAAAGAUUAUAUUGAAGAAUCGCAUGCAAAUAAGAUGGGGUUUUGUACAAAAUAAGAUUCACGGAGAAGUGAUCCUAUUAUUUGCAAUUUUCAAAUAUAAUUGAACACUGUAAAUAAGCUGAAAUGGUACAUCUUUCAAUUUGUGGUAAUGUUAUUUACCAACUCUUUCAGUUGCU